AUGUCUGAAAUUAAUUCUGGACAACUUGUCAGAAUGCAAAAUGUAGAAAACAGUGCUUUAACAAUUUCUGUUUCGGGUGAUAAUGGUGGAGCUUUAAUACCAACUAUUAGACGAACUUCUGGUCUUCAAGCACCUAUUAUGCUGUUGGUUGGGCAUCAGGGAGAAAUUUUUACUGUAAGAUUUAAUCCAUCUGGACAGUAUGUUGCCUCGGGAUCAUUUGAUAGAACUAUAUUGUUAUGGAAUACAUAUGGUGAUUGUUUGAAUUAUGGUUUAUUAAAAGGACAUGGUGGUGCGAUCAUGGAACUACAAUGGUCUCGUGAUUCUAGUAAAAUUUUUUCAUGCUCAACAGAUAAAACCGUUGGCGUUUGGGAUGUUUCAAUGGGUUUAAGAAUUAAAAAAUUCAAAGGACAUUCAUUAUUUGUUAAUAGUGUAUCUUCUACACGUAGAGGAAAUGAAAUUUUAGCUAGUGGAAGUGAUGAUGGAUCAAUCAAGAUAUGGGACCUUCGUCAGAAAGAUGCAGCUGAGACAUUUAUUCAACCAUACCAAAUUACUUCUACUUGCUUUAGUGAAGUAUGGGAUGUACGCAAAAAAGAAAUCUCUUAUGUUCUUAAAGGUCAUCAAGAUACUAUAACAGGCUUAAGGCUAAGCAAUGAUGGCUCAUAUCUAUUGUCUAAUGCAAUGGACAACACAGGUGCUCCUCAUGGAUUCGAGAAGAAUCUAAUCAGACCAGCAUGGUCUUCUGACGAUUCACAGAUAGCUUCUGGUGGUGGUGAUAGAACAGUUGUUAUUUGGGAUGUAUCAAAUGGUAGAAUCUUAUAUAAAUUGCCUGGACAUAAAGGUUCAGUUAAUGAGGUUGAUUUUCAUCCUAAGGAACCCAUCAUCGUGUCGGGAAGUACUGAUAGACAAAUUUAUCUUGGAGAAUAUAAUCCAAAUAUAUAA